GCCACCUAAGAUGGCAGCAUAACGGCAGUUCAGUUUUCAACAUGGCAGCGACGCAGAAAGAGUCUGUGUUUUCAUCUUGCCUAGGCAACAUCUGCAGGUCUCCGAUCGCAGAGGCUAUUUAUGUUCAGCAAGUGGAACAAAUGGGAGAAGCAAAUAAGUGGAAGAUAGAUAGUGGAGCGAUGGGACCAUGGCAUGUAGGAAAACCACCGGAUAGGAGGGCUAGAAUGGUCCUUGAAAAACAUGGGGUGCCCACAACAUGUAAAGCACGAAUGGUUACAGAAGCCGAUUUCACUGAAUUUGACUACAUUGUAGGAAUGGACCAUGACAACAUGAGCGAUCUGCGUCGAAUGAUGCCGGAAAACUCCACUGCCAAAUUGCUGAUGCUCGGAGAUUACGAUCCAGAAGGAGUUAAAAUUGUACACGACCCGUACUAUGAUUCUGACGUGAGUGCAUUCGAGGUGUGCUACCAGCAUUGUCUGCGGUCAUGCAAAGCUCUCAAAGAUGUCCUGAGCAAACACUAGUCUAGAUGGAAGUGUUUUUAGUUGUACUCUUAUAUUUUGUUAAUUCACUAUUACCAUUUUGGUUUUUGAUAUCAAAUUAUGAGAUAACCUAGCAUUGCAGCUUGUUAACAGUUAAGUGCAGGUAAAAACAUUAAUAGUGAAAGCAUUUUAUUCUUAACGUUAUGUAGAAUAAAUAUGCAUAGUCUGCUGUUUGCCAUUUCAAUUGACCCAUGAUAUAGGUAAUUAAUGGCUUGCUUGUGACAAAACUGUAUGAUUGUGGCUCAGAAAUUUAUGAGUUUCAAAUAAAUUGCUAGGUUUAUGAUUGCUAAUUACUGAAUUAUUCUACUGAGUAUUAGAUGCAGAAUGGUUAAUAUUUUAACAUGUUAAAUUGUCAAUAAAAUCAAAAGCUGGCUGUUUAUGGUUA